UUCGAAUAACAAUAAAGUGUAUACAAUGAAAAUCUGAGAAUUUGUUCUUUACAAGAUGUGGAAUCAUAUCAAGAAUAACCAAACGAAUUUAUGUCGAUUGUGUUUGACGAAUCAAAAACAAACCAUCGAUACCUGUGCAAAUGUGACUCCGGAUAAUGUGAUUGAAAUUCUUGUCAAAUAUUUCGGUGAGAUUGAUGAGACGGAUCCAUUGCCAAAGCACGUGUGUCUGGACUGCUGGACGAUAGUUGAUCGAUUCCAUCAAUUCAUUUCAAAGGUUCAACAUACACAGGCUAAAUAUUUGAGUAAUAUUGUUAAGGUUGAAGAGCCCGAAAAUCAUAUUGUUGAACCAUACAAUCACGACAUCUUAGAGCCAAUUCAUUUCGAAGCCGUUGCUCCAUCGACGUCAGACACACUUGGAAAUUUAAUUUUGAUCGAUGAAGGAGAAAAUAAAACGAAAGUCAAAAUAGAAUAUGACAUAAGUAAAAAUGAAUCGGUGCCUGUAUUCAUCGAGGAAGAUUCCACACCAAUUGGAAACGUUGAAGUCGAAAACACCGAAGCAAUCGAAGAUGAUAUUAACGAUGUCAAAUCAUCAGAACCAAGAGAAAACACGGACAACUCAGACGAUGAACCAAUGGAUAUAGUGUAUGAACGACCCAAGACUAGAUAUCAUACUUAUAAAAAGGAGCUCAUUUGUGACAUUUGCACAAUGGUCAUAUGCACAAAACAGAAACUUCUCGAACAUUUACUAAGACACGUGCGAAAUAAAUGCCAAAUUUGUAAUUUAAGAUGUGAAAGCAAAUAUGCGUUAAAUAUACAUAAACGCAAGGAACAUGGAUUUAAUGCAGACGUAAUGGCGGAUUUGCUUAAGCAAUUGGAAACACUAAAAGCAAUCUCAAAGAAGUCAAUUUAUUCCGAUGAAAUAAAUCCAGUCCUAUUGAAGCAUUAUAAUUCAUCUUGUGAUUUAUGUACAAAAUCAAUACCGUUGUCAUUGGACGCAUCAAAUGCGCAUUACCAGGAAGAACAUCAAACCGAUGGCUAUAUAAUCUGUUGUAAUUUCAAAUUUAGUAGCUCUAUAGCGAUCAAUGAGCACGCCUUAUUCCACUUGUAUCCAGAGGUUUUUAGAUGUGGAUUUUGUAAUAAAGUUAUAGAUAAAGCAAGAUCGAUGCGAAAACAUAUCUCACGACAUUUAGGCAAUAUGAGCGCGGCUGAUAUACAUAAGUGUCAAACUUGUUAUGCAAUAUUUACGUCGAAGAAUCUGUUGAACGUGCAUUCAACGUAUUUUCAUGGAAUGGAGGGCAAUUCAAAUGCAUCCAAUCACACGCUGGCUGAUUUUUUUACGAUGAGAUGCGAUUUGUGUGACGAUGCAAAGUUUAUAUCAUACCAAGAUGCAAGGCUACAUUACUCAAUGUUCCAUGGAAUCACAGGAUAUCUUAUAUGCUGUAACAGGAAAUUUAUGAAAGCGAAAACAAUCGACGAUCAUUUUCAAUGGCAUACACGUGGCAUGGUUUUUACAUGUGAACAAUGUGACAAGCAAUUCAGUGAUCGUCAAAAAUUUAUAAACCAUAAGUCACACCAUAAAAUUGUAGAUGAAAAACGAUUUUUAUGCUGCGAAUGUGACAAAGCAUUUCAUUCGAAUCAUGCGCUAAAAAGGCAUUCACAGAAACAUAAAAAACGAUUGAAAAAAUCACUUUCCUGUUCACACUGCAGCAAACGGUACACAACGCAAAAGGCGUUAGAUGAUCAUAUUCAAUUUCAUCACGUUGAUAAUGGUAUGUCGGGCGUUGUGUGUGAAUUUUGUGGAAAAAAAUUCAUAGCUCGUUCAACAUUGAAGAAUCACAUUCAAGUUGCGCAUAAUACAAAUUCAGAUGCAAAAGAUUCAAAGGAACCACCUGAAGAGUUUAAAUGUUGGAUGUGCCCAAAAAUAUUUAUUAACAAAUACCGUCUGAAAAAGCAUGUCGACACAAUUCACAAUGGCACACCCGUGAAAUGUUCAAUGUGCGAUAAAAUUGCACCAAACGAAGCAGCAUUGGCGUGUCAUAUGCGAAGUGUUCAUGUUGCCCAAAAACACCAAUGUCACUUGUGUCCAAAAACAUUUAAAGCGGCUGUUGCUUUGAAGGAUCACAUUGCCACUCAUACCGGAGAAAAGACAUAUAAAUGCUCAUUUUGUCCAGAGGCUUUCAUCUGGCGUCCAAAUAUGUAUAGUCAUCAGAAAAAGGCACAUCCAGAAGAAUGGAAACAGACAAAACAAAAAUAAUAAAAAAAAAAACCAUCAAUGAACAAAAUGAACACACCAAUAAACUAGUUUUUAUCUUAAUCUUCA